CUUCCACCAUAAUUCGCAAGUGUCAGUUUGUGUUGGUUUCAGUUAGUUUGUGUGUCAAGUGCACAUCAGUGCACAUAAAUUAAAGUAGAAUGGACUUUGAAAGUCCUGACGUUGAGAAGGAAUUUCCCGGAUUAUAUGCCUCUGAAUCGGCGAGGAAAAGUAAUGAAAGCGAUUUUAGUGACGAGGGCAGCCACGACAAGCAUUCCAAGAAGGAGCUUCUGGGUGGAAAACGUAAGGACAAGAAGGACAGAAAGGACAGGGGUUAUGCGACCCUAGAGGGUGAGAGUUCGCCGGACGAGGAUCAGGAAACCAAAAGUCCUUCAAAAUCAAAAAAAACCAAAGCCUUUAAAUUCCCAACUAAAAAGGAGAAGCGGGAAAAAUCACGAGAGAAGGAAGCGAAAGAAAAAGAUGUUGAAAAGGAGAAGGAUAAAAAAAAGAAGGAAAAGGAUGAGAAGGAUGUAGACAAGGAAAAGCGGAAAGACAAAGAUAAAGAUAAAUCCAAACAAAAAUUAAAGGAUCGGAAAAAAGGAAAACAUGAAGGUUUGGAUAUUGGCGAGGAACAGCCAAUUUUUGGUGUUAGUCUUCAUCUGGCAGUCGAAAGAAGUUGUUGUCACGAUGGAGUCAAAUUACCUUUGGUGGUACGAGAUUGUAUAGAUUAUGUAGAAGAGUAUGGGAUGAAUGUGGAAGGCCUGUACAAAGCCCCUGGGGUGAAGUCAAAAAUUCAGCACUUGAAAAAAUUGUAUAACAAUCGAGAGCUGGUGAAUAUAUCCGAGUUCGAACCCACGGUAGCUACGAGCUUAUUGAUACUCUUUCUUAGAGAGCUGCCAGAGCCCGUGCUGGAGAAUAGCGAAACGAUAUCGCGCUUCGAGCAAGCAGCAUCGACCAAGGAUGUCGCUCAGCGGGAAGCACAAUUGGCCCAGUUGACACAGCAGUUACCUGAAUGCAACAGGAUUCUUCUGGCAUGGGUCACGUUGCAUCUGGACAAUGUCACAGCACGAGAGAAAACAACAAAAGUGAACGCACAAACAAUUUCAAUGACGUUAAGUCCGGUUUUACAAAUGAGUCACAGAUUGCUAUUGGCUUUAUUAUUCCACUGCAAAGCUCUGUUCCCAAAUAUACAAUUGAUAAAAUAUGUACCACCGUUAUCGUCCGGUAGUACGAAUCUGCCAGAUUCCGUGGAGGGUAUUGCUGCGGAAUUAUCCAAACAGGAGUCGUUACUGUCCCAAAUUCAUAUGCAAAUGAAUGCCGGUUUUGUAACGAAAUCUCGUGAGGAACAAUUAUGGGAGGUACAACGCAUGAUAACGCAAUUGAAGAGAAAAUGUAAGACUGUUCAAAAAUUGGAAGGUGCUACGCAAAAGAGUCUGGAUGAAGAAAUAAAAUCCGAUAAUAUUCCAACGGAAUCUAUCUCGCAGAAGUCAAAAACUGCAGAUGAAGAUUCUGGACAGGCAAUAUCUGGUGAUGUUCAAUCGUCAACCAAUCUGACAUUGAUAAAAAAAGAUAACAAAUUGCAUAGCGCAGAAGAAACGAAAGAGAAGUGUUCUUGCUCAAGUAAUAGUGCGAACGUCACGCAAAAUGAACAAAAUGUAAAUGUACAAGAGAAAGACAUGGUUGAUUCCGCGAUUGAGGUUGCAGUUACACCGCAAGAACCUGAGAAUAUAACGCCGAAUGACAGAACAAAUGAGUCUGAAGAAGAUGUCAUAGACAAAUUACGAGAAAGGCUGAUCUAUGAGGAAUUGUUGAACAUGCAAGCGUUAUUGAAAUCUCGCAUCAGUCAGGAGAGAAAUGAGAUCAAACGAUUAAUGGAGAUGUUAACGGAGCGCAGCACAAAAGAAGAAAAGAAGAAGCCCAAAGAGAGGACGCAUUCUCCUAAUGAAGCCGAAAUGACGGCCAUGAUACAGCUAGUCAAAGAAAAUCAACUACUUGAGAAGAAGAUGACGACGUUGAUACGUAGUAUUAUCGAAGAGAAAGAUGCUUGCGUGGAAUUGCGUGUACAACUGGCGGUGCAUCAACUAAUGGCCAAAACUUGACCGCAGAUCUCCUAGCGAUCACAGAAUCACAACGUCUUUACGCUAUAAAGAUAUGUUCUGACAUUACGUUUUUGCACAUAAUGACCAUAUAUAGUUUAUAACAUGUUACAAUUAUCACAUGUAUCAUUAACUCGUUCGAUUCUUCCGCGAAGUAAUAAAAUAUACAAAAUGCAG